AUGCUUUUAGACCAGAGUUUAAUGGUGGUUCUUCAUAGGAACAAUAACAGUGACAGUAAGAGCGAGCUGGACAGAUCAUCAGUCGGGGGCCAAGCCAAUGGGAGCUAUAACACCUCAGUACACCUUAACCCUGGUCUCCAGGUCAGGCUCCAUAAGGAGGUAAAAAAUUGGUGGAAUUACUUGGGGUUUGGGUCCACUAUCGGAGAGGAGAUCUGGAGAGGUUCUGAGUUUCACGAUGCCAACCGAGAGAUUCCUGUGGAUAUUAACGGACAUGACGCCAGUCUGCAGCUCUUCGUAAAGGAUGGAAAGGCCUGCGCUCGUCUGUAUGUAAAGAAAUCCUUCACUGCCUGGAAGAAAACGUUUCAUAACUCCUGGGUUGGGUUCUACUCUUCAGACGGCAGAGACACCCAGGAGUAUAAUACCUACCAAUGGCAAUGGGCUGUACAUUUCUCUGAGGAAAAAGGCUCACAUCAGGCUGAUAUACCUGGGUAUGACGUCUAUGUGUAUGAGUCUAGUAUGACCAUGUCUCCUGGGGUCCAGGUCAGAUUCAUGAUGGAGAAAUAUGGGGGUGAAAAGGCACGCACUCCACCCUGGGAGAGACUUGUCCAGUGGUGAGCUCACCUGAUAA